GCUAACCCUAGUGUUCUGCCUUUCCUCGCCUCCAAAAAUUAAAAGCACCCUUCCACCCACCUCUGCUUUCCCUCCUUAUAAUCCGCUGACCCCCACAACCUCUCUCUCUCUCUCUCUCUCCUUCUUUCCCCAAAUUCGCUUGAGCGCUUCCGUCCAAUUUCAAAUUCACUCUACCGUUCCCCUGAGACCAGAGCAAGCGAUGGGAAAGUACAUGAAAAAGGCCAAAAUCGCUGCGGACGUUGCGGUUAUGGAGCUCCCCCAGUCCCUUCUCGGCGUCCGCACCCGAGCCAAAACCCUAGCUCUCCAGCGCCUCCAAUCCUCGCAGCCUUCGCCCGACUCUGAGUCGUGUUACCUCCAGCUGCGCUCCCGGAGGCUGCAGAAGCACCCGACUCUGCUCGAAGAGCGCAGGAAGUCUUCCGGUGGAGCCGCGAAGCGGAACUGCCGGAAAGGGACAGAUUCGGUGACUUGCCGGAAAUUGAAUCUCGAGUCCAGCUCGAGGUUUAGGGUUAGUUCUGUCCACUCCAGCUCCGUCGGCUCCGCCUCAAUUAGCAAUCACGAUGCCGGGGAAGGCUGUUUUGAUAUUCUCGGCAAAGGCUGUGAAGAUUUGGGCGUCUAUGCAAGAGACAGGCAAGACCCAGUUCUAUUAUUUUCCUCUGUUUAGUUUCUACGAGUAUUAAUUUGUGCAUUUCUGCUCUUAAAUUAACUUCUAAUUUCCUUAUCCUUUUGGGUGCUAACUCAUCUGUUAAAUAAACUUAAAAAAGGUCUGAUUGUGGAAAGUAAAUAUGGUAAUUGGCACAGAGUAGUGAUAGAUUAUGAUUCGUUUUCUUAUUAUGUGAACCAUCACAACCGAAACCAUAGCACCUCGGGUCAGGAGCUUUUCUUAUUAUUUACUCCACGGAGUAUGAUUUUAAAAGUUAAAUUGAAAAUUUGUGGUUUUGGCUUCUCUGUAAAGUUUCUUUUUUUGUUUGAAAGAUCCAUUCGAUGGGACUUUUAACGGCCAAGGUAAGCUAACUUGCAUUCUCAGGCACCCAAAUUUUACUAGAUUUCUAGAAAGAAUUGCAUUAAUGAUUUACUACUUUCUUUUUUCACUCAUCCCCAUAUCAUUUUUUAAGGCGUUUCUUUUAAUGCUUUCCAUACCUGCACUUUUUUUUUCCUCUACUGUAUUAUUUUAUUCACGGCAUCUUUUGUAGAAAAUCAAUAUUUUCAUCUGGUCCCCUACCCUACGGAAAGAGUAUUAAAAAGAGUUGUUUUUGUUUUGUUUUCAAUUGAAAAAUAUUUAAUGGGCACCAAUACAAUUUUUUUUCUUUAAUCUGUCCUUGAGUAUCCUUUCACUGCUCAGGUGAUUCACGAGCUUCUGUAGUUGUACUUAUUCAUUAAAAACAGCAUCGGGUCAGACCUGAUUUUUUUGUUAUUAGCUCAUUUACAUCUAUGAAAAAUGAUUAAGAGUAUAUUCUGUUUAUGUUUUGGAGAUUUGAUGGGUUUUAAUUCAUUGUGAAGGGUAUUUUUAGCUGUAUACCUAAGAACAAAUUCUAGAUUUAUGGGAAUAUUGACUCUUUUUUGUUCUUUUGUAUUUUCUGUAAUGUGUCCUUUCCAUGGGGUCAUACUACCCAAAAACUGUGAAUAUCCCAUUCCGUAUUUUCUAACAUCUUGAGAAACAUUCAUCCCUACUGCUCUUUUACCCAGUGAUGAGUACCUGGAUAAAGCAGAAGUGAUGACGUGACAUGAAACCGUUAUUUCUUCAUGUUCCAUAUGACAUGUUACUUUGUACUCCCUCCCUUAAUAAACUUCAGAUUUGUGCUAACUAUGAGUGGAAUUAUUUUUAAUUUAGUUCAUUCAAAUGUCUCUGUAAAUUUAAAAUUUAAAUUUACGCAUUUAGGAAUUACAUCAAACGUUUUAUAAAACAAAUGAUAACAAGACUAUUUUAUUAUAACAAAUGAUUAAAAUAAUUAAGUAAGAAGAUGAUAUAGUUUGAUUAUGUGAAAAAUGAAUAGUGAUGGAGCACUAGAGAAAGCACACCCUGUAGCUUAAUAAGGGAGGCAGACAUAAUCAAGACACCACCCAGCUCAACAACAAGACAGAGCAACCCAAACACCACAUCUCAAAGGGUGAGAAGUUCCCUUCAGAGGAACAUGCCUUCAGCAGCCGAAAUUGAUGAGUUCUUUGCUUACUCAGAGCAGCAGCAACAGCGCCAUUUUGCCGACAAAUACAACUUUGAUGUUGUGAGGGAUUUGCCACUGCCGGGGCGAUAUGACUGGGUGAGAGUGAACCAAUAAUAAGCCGAGGAAGCAGCCCGCAGCAGAGUGAAGAAACCAAAGGAAAGGGGGGAAGUGGUGUGUGGCUCAAACUCUCAUUUGAGUUAUAGACCAAAAAGUUAGUGUAGAAGGAGACUAGAAAUGUGUGAUUUAUUAAUCAUCUGUAAAGUAACAGGGCUGAUAAAAUUACACAUAACACACACACACACACUAACCAUCCAUCUGUGGAAGCAUAUUAGUCGAGUCGUCAUUUAUCAUGACAGACAUAAACUAUGUAGGAUUUUCAUUUUCUUGUAACAGCAUAUUAACGUUUCUUCAUAAUUCUGCAAUGGGAAUAAUAUUGAGUAUUUGCG